AUGACUGAAUCAGCUGAAAACUCGUUUAACCCGCCACGCAUGAAGACAUGUUGUUGUUGCAUUAAUUUAAAGACCGGUGUAAUAAUUAUUAGUAUAUUGUGGCUUGUGUAUGGCCUUUAUGAAGCUAUUAGUUACUUCAUUGCAUUCGGAAAUACUAAUACAGAUAGCUUCUAUUCAUAUUUAUCCACAUUUACUCUCAUCACGGGAAUAAUGUUUUCGCUUACUGUAAUUGGGGCACUUUACGGAUUAAUCGUCGUGAGCUUUGCGAAAAUAACACAAGCUUACGUGACAAUCGCAUGGUCUAUCGCGUUACGUUACAUCAUCAACAACAUCACCGAAAUUAUUCUCUUUAUUUCAUUUAAAGAUUCGUAUCUUUCUUAUUGUGAGGAUCUGGAAGAAUACUCAGAGGAUACGUGUACAGCAGCGUAUAAUAACGUGCUUUUAUUUGCAAUUAUUAUUGAUGUGAUUACAAUUAUUAUUUCAAUUUAUUUUGCGACUGUUGUCGCAGCAUAUAGAGCUCAGCAAGUAGAAAAAGACAAAAACUGUGGAAGUCAUGGUGCUUAA